UAUCGACCCAAAGAGCUGCCCAGUGCCGCGCACGCGAAAGUCGCCAUGCGUGCUGCGACGCUGCUGUGGCUUUUGCAGUUGGGCUGUGCUGAUCUGGUGCCUCGCGUAGUCAUCGUGACCACCUUCCCUCCAGAAUUCGCCAGGUGGAAACGCCUCUUACCCUUGGACGAAGAGCUGCCCUUUCCAGGCGGUGGUGGGUCGACGAGCCUUUGGUGGAACAGCGAGCUGCAUGUUUUGGGUAUGGUGACUGGGAUGACCUCCAAGAACGCUGCCAUGUCCGUGACGGCCUUGGGCCACGACCAGCGGUUUGACCUCAAGAAAGCGGUAUGGCUGUUGGCAGGAAUCGCUGGUGCGGACCCGGAGGCGGGCACGGUGGGCGGGGCUGUGUGGGCGCGGAGUUUGGUGGACGGCACCGCUGUGAAGUUCCUGGAUCCCCGCGAGAUGCCCCCAGCCUGGCCUACAGGCUGGCUGCCGCAGCACCGGGCCGCGCCCUACGGCCAGCCCUUGCCCUCGGAGGCGGAGAGGCAGCAGAUGGUCGUCUCGUUGAAUCCGCGGCUCGUGCAGUGGGCCUACAAGCUCACGCAAUCGAUUCAGUUGCCAGACUCGGAGGCUUUGCAACACCUUCGGGAACAGUAUCAUCAUCUUCCGGCCGCGCAAUCUGCGCCGGCCAUCAGCUUGGGGGCGACUCUUUCCACUGACGUCUUCUGGACUGGGAGUUUCAGCGCCAGUUGGGCGAGGAACUGGACCACAUACUGGGCGGGCGGCAGGGGGACAGAGGGGGUGCCGCAGUUCGCUGCCUCGGCCAUGGAGGACUUUGCAACGGCCCAGGCCUUGGCAGCGUUGCAGCGCCUGGGACGCAGCCGUGGGCCUGAGGCCUUGCUGGUACUGAGAAGCACCAGCAACUUUGUGGAGCCUCCGCCGGGCCGCAGCCCAGAACCCAACAUGGACUUCUUCCUGGAGGUUGCCUGUGAGGCAGCGUUCUUGGUCGGUGAGCCUGUGGUCAAGGCGUUGGUUCGCCACUUGGCGAGUCAGCCAUUGAAAUGGUGGCGGCGCCCGUUGACUCCGGCCAGCAGCUUUGUCCCUGCAGAAAAGUGAACAAGUCAUGGCGGGCGCAACAAGCGCAGCGGCUAGACCGGGUUCAGGUGCACCUGUUGUUGGCCCGGGCAACCUGUAAGCGCGCAGAUGCUAAGAACCCACGCUCAAGUGCAUCCGCUCCUCUAUGCAUCCAUGCC